UUUUUUUUUAAUAAAAUGCAUUUAAAUUUUAAAGUGUGAAUAUAUUUACUAAUUAAAGAACUUGAUUACAUAUCGGAGGCUUCAUAUAUUUUGUUAAUCGACAUUUAAGAUAUUUUCACGCACUCAAGAACUGAAAUUCAAACGGGCAAAAAUUCAAUGUGAAAAGCAAGCGAGCCGCAGCACAUGAGAGUCACUCAUAAAAGCACUCUUAAAAACAUUCAGAAAACACUCAAUCUGAGCACAUCUCGGCAUGCAGAAUUUUAAUCACUUGAAACUUUUAUUUAAUAUUUUUUUUGAUUUGAGACUUUCGGUUUGCGUUGAAAAUGCUUCUAAUCUGAAAUUAUUUUACAAUAUUCAAGUUACUUAGAGUCUGUUGGCCACACAAAACAGCAGAAAUCGUUUGUUUGCGGAAACUAUUUUGGCUUUUAGGCUUUUUGGCUACUGGAUUCUCAACCAACGCAGAAGAAAUUUGGACGAUUUGGAGCAAAAUGACUAUCGAAUCUGCAAAUGGAGAAAGAAACGAAAAUAAAAUCCCAACAGUUGCGUCGGGCUAUGAUAUCGAACGUAACGGAUCAAAGGAUAACGCGAGCAUAAACCAACCAACAAAAUUCAUACGCUCGGAUAUGGCAGAUGUACCGGCACAGCAGGCGGCAGGCUCGACAUUGCCUUUAGUGAUAUCACGAAAAAAAGGCGGAGCGGAAGAUGCUAGUGGCGAUUAUAAUCCAUUCGAACACCGGAAUGUAGAGCAUCCGACUUCCGAUGUCGAGACCUUGAUACAUUUGCUUAAAGGCUCUCUGGGUUCCGGUAUUUUGGCCAUGCCAAUGGCAUUUAUGAAUGCUGGUUUAUUUUUUGGUCUUGGAGCUACGCUUGUUGUCGGUAUUCUUUGCACAUAUUGCGUACAUAUUCUAGUGAAGAGUGCGCAUAUUCUGUUGCAUCGUCGUAAAAUACCAAUGAUGGGCUUCGCCGAUGUUGCCGAACAAGCAUUUCUAGAUGGUCCACCGGGUCUACAACGUUGGUCUCGCUUCAUACGAUUUGUUGUAAAUGCGUUUCUUUCCGUCGAUUUGUUAGGCACGUGUUGUAUAUAUUUAGUAUUUGUUGGUACACAAAUCAAACAAAUCGUGGACUAUUAUGAAGCCUUCGAUAUAAGCUUGCGUGUAUGGAUUCUACUCUUCACUGUGCCACUUAUUUUCAUGAAUUUAAUACGAAACUUGAAAUAUUUGAUACCUUUCUCAUUCAUAGCCAAUGUUUUGUUGUUCGUUGGUAUCGUAAUUACGUUUACAUAUAUUUUAACCGAUGUACCAAAUCCAUCUGAGCGUACAUCAGUUGCAAGUGUUGUACAGUGGCCAUUAUUCUUUGGUACUGUUAUUUUUGCAUUGGAAGGUAUUGGUGUAGUUAUGUCUUUGGAGAAUGAAAUGAAACAACCGAAACAUUUUAUUGGCUGUCCAUCCGUUUUAAAUAUUGGCAUGGGAAUAGUAAUUGGUCUUUAUACUGUACUUGGUUUCUUUGGCUAUCUGAAGUAUGGAGGUAAGACUGAGGGGAGCAUAACACUAAACUUACCAGUGGAAGAGAAAUUGGCACAAUCCGUUAAGGUGAUGAUUGCAGUUGCCAUAUUUUUCACUUUCACAUUGCAGUUCUAUGUACCAUUUAAUAUUAUAUGGCGAGGAGUUAAGGACAGUAUUGCAGAGAGUAAGAGAAACAUUACUGAAAAUGGCUUACGUAUUGCACUUGUGAUUAUGUGUGGCCUUAUCGCUUUUGCAUUACCAAAUCUUGGACCUUUCAUUUCACUCAUUGGUGCCGUUUGUUUAAGUACACUUGGUUUUAUGAUACCAGCGACAAUUGAAUUAGCUGUAUAUCGCGAGAGUCCUGGCUAUGGUCGCUUUAAUUGGAUCAUGUGGAAGGAUAUAUGCCUAAUAGCUUUUGGUGUUGUAGGCUUCCUUACUGGCACUUAUGUGAGCAUCUUGGAGUUCCAUGCAGAAUUUAGUGGAGACCAUAUCGGAGAUUCUAAGUGAUGUUAAGACCUAUGCAAGAUUUUAAACAGUAUGAAAUAUUAGUGAAUAUUUAUUAAUCAAAUGUACAACAGAUAGUUUUUAAAAUGUACCUAGAAAUCGUUGUUAGAAACGGUUUAAAAAAUUAAUCAAUUAAGAAUUGAGUGCAAUCCUGAAUGAUGCCUAAAAUGAUUAUGCGGAGCACAUUAGCAUAUCCCGUUUAAUAUUAACUAAAAUAUAUCGAUUAAAAGAUGAAA